AUGGUCUUGAGAAGCUUAUGGACGAUUAUAGAUCACCCGGAGGACUUGAUGCCUCUGGUUAGGCUGAAGAUGGCGGUGGCGCGGAUUGAGAAAGAGAUCCCUGCGGAGCCUCACUGGGCCUUCUGCUACGGCAUGCUCACGAAGGUCUCUCGCAGCUUCGCCCUUGUCAUACAGCAGCUCUGCACCGAACUCCGGAACGCUGUAAGACCUCCCGUAUCCACUUCCUCUUCGUAAUCCUCUUGUGUGGAAGGACAAUCAGAGCCUAUUUUGAAACAUCCCAUUAGGGGGAUGCUGGUCUACCAUUUUUAGUUAGAACUUCGAGAGGUAGAGCAUGCCAGCGAGCCACUGGAGUACCAGACGAUCAAACUUUUAUUUAGAACGUCGUGAACUGUUAAAAAUGCAUAUGGAUUAAGGGGAUCGAUCAUCUUUGGAAGAGGUGCUUAUCAAUUUUUUGAUCAUAUUGAGCCCCACUUUUAACCUGGCUGUCUGGAGCUUAUCCUUUUAUGAUAUGUAGGUAGCCUUCGCCUUGGUAACCUAGCUCUUACAAUACUAUACUUGCGCUGGGCAUUUUUGAGAUUAAUCCGUGAAGGUUCUGGCUCUGGCAAAGUAGAUUCCAGGCUUUUGAAAAGGUCGGACGGAUUUCUUGGGGAUAUCUCUGUGGUUUUUUUUUCAUUGUACUUGUGUUUGUAUGAGUGAAGAUUUGGAGAUUCCUAAAUCGGAACUGGCUCAUAAGAGUUGAACUGAGGCAGCACAUGUUGCACUAGGAGAGGACUAGAGUCUCACAGCGUCUCAAGGUUAUCCAUUUAUUUGAUUAAUCAUACACAUUAUGAAGUGCUUCCAAAGAAAUAUGGGAUAGAUGAUUACAGGGUUUUCAACUUUUGGGAAAUUGAACUUAAACAAUGAGCAUCAAAUAUGAAUAUGUUGUCACGUCCAAGAAAGAUUUACUAUGGAUACUCUUCUAGGAACGAUCUUAUAUGUUCUGUUUGUGGUGUUUCACUAGCUAUUGACUGUCAUUUUUUUGAGGAACUGACACUUUCUUAUGAAUUCUCAGUUCAUAUUGGCUACAUCAUACAUGUGAUUUUAAGUGAAUUACAUUGUACUUUUAAAGUUCAGCCUUUUAUGUUAAUUAUUCUUUUUAUGCUUAUUUAUUUUGUACUGCGUUAUAAUCAAUUUGAUCUAGCUCCUGAAAUUUUACAGGUUUGCAUUUUUUAUCUAGUUCUCAGAGCACUGGAUACCGUCGGUAUGUUACCAAAAUUCUUUGAGCAUUGCUUCUAUUUAUUACAGUGACCUAUUUUUUUUGCUUCUGUCUUGAUGAUAUGCUAACUUCAUCAAAAAAGUGGCACUCUAUAAUGCAUCAAGAAAAUGGGUUUCAUUUAUUUCGACCUUUAAUUCCUAAAAUGUGUAAUUGAAUUUAUUUAAACUCAUGCAACUUUUUGACCAAAAUAUUUUCUGAUAAAUAACUUUUUAUUUGUUAUUGUCUUGAUAAUAUGUGCUUGAUUCUAAAUGUUCCUGAGCACAGCAUUUAUUGUGGAUAGCAUUCUUCAUUGUCUAAAUGUCUUAUACAGUUUCCAUUUGGACGGACAUUCUUAGUGAGUGGUAUCUGCAAGGAGUCGGGGAAGUUUAGCUUCGAUCCUCCUAUAUUGCAAUGUGAGACUAAUCAUAGAGGAUAUUCAAGGAUCAUGAAAAGAAAACAUAGGGUAGAAAAAGUAGUAUUGGAUGCAGUUAAGUCAGGGGCAACAAUGCAUAAGUUGAACUACCAAAACUCAGUGCGCGAACUUCUUUCAAAACAAGAGAGUAAAGUAACAGGACGAAUGGCCUUCACAACAGGGUAACCAGAGAGUUGAGAAAUGGGAAAACGAUAUACUUAAUAGCACAGGAACAAGAAAGGUAUUAUAAGAGUAGUUUUAUUCCUUGAUUUCUGUGGGUUCUUCAUCCACUCAUAUUUAACUAUUCACCCAAACACCAGAUUGUAAAUUGAAUCGGGAUUCGUCCCGACAUGGUCUUGAAAAAUUGUCAGACUCUUUCAUAUUUGCUUGAUAAAAUCAAAGAGCUUCUAUUUCGUAUUUUUCAAUUAUACCUUAUCAAUUUAAAUAUGGAGGUUCGUACCAGUGCAGUGUUUUUAAGUCUGGUGGAUAGAAAGGGCAAGAGCACCAUAUGGAGUUGGCAAUAGGAAAUACGAAGCUAAAACUGGAAAGUGGGCCUGAUCAUGUGACGACAUUUCCAUUGUAGUGAAAAGCUGCUGACCUUAAACAACCUACAACGGCUAGGAGCAGCUUACGAGAACAUUGAUAGUGUGUCAUGGUUUGAUCUGGUUUGAUCUAAUAUUGUGUGGUUGUUUGACAUUAUAGUUUAAUUAGCUGCAAGGAGACUAAUUAACUUUUCUGGUUAAUGUCACUUUUUACUUUCGCCUAUAUAAUCUUGAAGAUUGAGCUUUUUUAUCUUUUUUCUUUUGAUAUUUUUUUCAGAGGAUGAUACAAGUGUACCUUCUGAUAUUAAAGUGCCUAUCCUUCAGUUAUUUCAUCAACAUAUAUAUGAUAAGAACUGGCAUUUCUCGUGUAAGGACUCUUCUAUUUAUUUUUGUUUUCUAUUCCGCGUGAUUUAUUAAGGCAUGUUUACGUUGAUGAAUGCCUUCUAGCCCGCUUUCAUUUUGAAGCUAAACAUUUUAAAAUGUUACUUGAAUCUUUUGGCCUUUCUUUUACUUUCCUUUCUGGAGCCUAGUCUGACACAAUCUGUAUAUAAAUGACAUUGUGAAUUUUAUGGCUCGUGACAUUUCCUGUUACUAAAAUAAAAUCGUGGUUAUUUAAAUAAAAAAAUAAUUUAGUUUGAGAGGUCAGUAGGAAGUCAGAUUAAACGAUGACUAUACCUUGAGUAUUUGUAUGUUCAUGAUAAGCAUUCAAAUAUUAAUGGAUUGACCCAGUCUUUAUCCAAGUCUUUCAUUUAUGAAUAAAGAGCAGCCAUUAUUGGCAUUUUCUAUGAAAGAAAGUUACUAAUGUACGACUGAGAGGAAAAGGAUGAAUAAGCGAACCGUUCACAUAUUUCUUUAGACUUUAUAUGAAUUUUUAUGAUGAUUUUUGAUGAGUUGUAAGUGGAUUUCGUUCUGUAAAGGAAUGAUGGAGAAAACGGAUGUUGACGGUAUAGUGGGUCUGAUUAAUUUUUAAGCUAAACAUGGGUGUUGUAACUGAUGAGAAACGUUUGUUUUCGAAUAUAUUGAUGAAGGAUCAAAUCUCCUGAUUGACUGAGAUUUAAUUUCUGAUGUUUUUGAGAGUGCAUUAUGGAGAUGUGGCUUCUUGGGAAUAAAGUCUAUCCCAUAAAGAGAUUUUUCAGAGUUUCAUGGUUUGUUCUCAAUGCUAUCUUUAAAUUGUGGCGUUGUUAGCUUCAUUAUGUUUUCUCUCUAUUUCCUUCGGGCAAAGCCCACCACGUACUCAGGUGUCAGUGCUGUUUUUCGUAAAAAUACUCCAAUUCCUGACAUGAUGGCUGUUCUCAUUGGUAAUAUUCAUUUCCAAUUGUAUGGAAGCCAUUUUUCUGAGAUAUAUUCCUGGUUUUCUUUAAGGAAAAAUCUGCCUCUUGCUACUGAAGGACAAUUGCUCUGUUUAAAAUGUAUAUCUCUUACACUAAUAUAUGCCAUAUUGCCUGAUGCCCCUGAUUUUUUGCUUACAUUCUAGGUGGCACAAAAGACUACAAAGUUCUGAUGGAUAAGUUUGAUUUGGUUUCAACAGCCUUUCUAGAGCUUGAUAGAAGGUUGUUUCUGUUGUAUUCGUUCAUUUCUGGUCAUGUGUAGAAUGGUUACUUUCUUUGACACUAUACUGUCUUUGUUCUGAAGUUCAUGCCAUUUAAAUCUUGGUAGAUGUCAUUUAGUUAUAAUUUAUUUUACUUCCUUCAAUAAGCAUUCAAGAGUGUCAGUCUCUGUAAUGUCAUCUGUUGCCUUUCUAGAAACAAAUGCCUAUUAGUGUCAAUUUUCAUUCCCUCUUCCUUUAAUAGAAUUAAUUUCCUAUUAGAGUUAAUAUUUAUUCUAAAAUUUUGUCUUUCCCUAAUCUAAAGAUAUACUUCGUUCUAUAAAAUAUAUCUUCAAGUAAAUGAUGUCAAGACUGUGUGGAUUACUACUAACUCAUUUUUAAUAUCAGAAUGUAGUUUCCUAAAACUUUAAAUCUCAAAAUAUUAAUGAAACUCCAGGAAUUUACGCGAAUCAUAUUCAUCUUAUGAACCGUUUUAGUCUAACUUUUGGAAUUAAUGCGUCAAUUCUCUAGUUGUUUUAUAAAUUUGUCUUUUAGGUUUUCUUCAAUUUUCAAAUCGAAGGGCACCAUCUUCAUCCCCUUCACCGAUGUUUGUAAAUAAUUGGAAGUCAUUUCAAACUGUUUCAAAUCAUCUGUGGCAUUAAGUGAUGCAAAAUAUUUAUAUUUUUCUAAAUUGGAGAAUACAGCUACUUUUGCAAAUAUGAUUUUUCAUCAAGCAACUCUUUUUCGUUACAUUGAAAAAACCAUGAAGAAUUUUCUAGUUGAACCACCAAAAUAGAUUAUUCUCUAAUUCAUCUGGAAUGAUGGAAAAGAGUUCGAAGAUUGCUUGUGGAUUUUUACACAUUUACAGAUGAAUAGCAACUGUCCCCAUUUGUAAGCAUAACCCAAGACAGAGUUACAUGACUCUGACUGGCUCACAUUUAUUGCAACGGUUUUUGUGCUACAGCACUGGUUAUAGGUGAUUUGGGCCUAUUCGUUUGUUAAUGAGCUCAAAUAGUUUCCAAGCCCUUUGACUUGAUCCCUUCUUUUACCCACAUGGCUGAUUCCUAGAUGCUUACAGACUUGGGAUGCCCAAGCUGAGUUAGCCCUUGUUGAGAAUGAGCCGGCAAGUCUUAUUUCAAGCAUAAUCUCAUAGACGAGGAUUAUUGCUCAUCUGUACUACUGGUUGCUUUCCAGUAUCUAUUGCAUUUUGCAUUGUUGAUUAUGUUCAAUCUUCCUGGUUGUUAUUGUAACCUGGCUCAUGGGUUGAUUUUCAGCUACCAAGAAGUGAUUGAGGACAUUACCAGACGAAUGGGUGCAGGAAUGGCGAAGUUCAUUUGCAAGGAGGUGACCCUAUAAGUUUAGAUAUAAAGGAAAUUGAUCAUAUCAAUGAAGUCGCUGAAAAGUUUAUUAUAGGAUGGUUUUCACCUGGGAUAUAGUCAAGGAGAAACUUUCAUUUAUAGCAUCAUAUCAUAGUCUUAACUCCAAAAAUUUACGAUUGAAAUAUAAAUAUUAACAUAUGUUAUAUUGUAUAUUUUCAUCGUGCUUCAGAGUUUUCUUUUAAUGCGUCUUUGUUGAUAUUUUUGUGAGAAAAAUCUACAUAGGUUUUGGGGCAUCAUCAUGUGGCUCAGGAAAAUUCAAUACUCAUUUUUCUCCAGUUCGCAUGUGAUUCACCCUUGGAUGCCUUGAUCCAUCAAAAAAUAGCCAGUCCUUGGCUGAUCUAAGCUGAACUGGGUGAUUUUUGGAUGCGCCAUCAUGAGUGAAAUUCCAGGAUGAGUCACCUCUUGAAUUGGGUUAAUCCAGGAAAAUCAGUCUUGUAGAUCAAAAUAGGAUGGGGAAACUCCAUAUGAAAAUCAGUCAUAGAAAUCUGUUUAUUGCAAAUCCUUAUUUCACCAUGGUUCUUCUUGUUGGACGAAAUUCACUGCUUAUAGAUAUUGCUCACAAGAAUGAUGUCUAACAAAGUAGCAAUUCAAGUGAUUAGUAUAACAUUAUUUAAUUUCCUGAAUCCACAUUUGCAGUCCAAUGAACCUUAUAUUUAUUUUCUACAAUGAUUAUUUUUCACGAAAUUUAUCAGAUCUAUGCUGAGAUUCAUACACUCAACUUCUCUUGUUAGCUCCCCAGUUUAUCAAACCAAUGCGGAGAGUUGAGCAUAGAGAACAGUGGGGAGGUGUACAGGUUUGUGUAACAUGUUAGCUAGGGGAAACUUUCUCAUGCUGAUCCUUCAGAAAAAAAAUUAGAAAACAAGAAAUUUGCAUAAGCUGCGUCAAGUAAUGAUUCUUGCUGGUAAUAUCCAAGGCAUUCAAUUUAUUACCUUUAUUAAAAUGAAUGAAUCCUUGGGCAUGAGACAAGGACUGUAUUAUUAUGUUGUACCUUUUCGGUUUUGAUGAAAUAUUUAUAAUAUAACAUUCAAAAUUCUAGGUGCAUAUUAUCAGGAUUUCUCCCUUGAAUCAGUCAGAUGUAUUGCAAUGACUGGGACGUCUCAUGGAUCUCAUGUGAGUUGGGGUUGAUUUAAGCUACAUCAUCCUCAACGUGAGCAAUGGUUCAUUUGAGCCAACGUUUUGAGAAUUAUGAUGUGCUGGUGCUUUUUGUUUCCUCUUCAGUUUUAGAUGCAAUUUUUGCUUCUUGAGGGUUGAAUGGGAUUGGUUGCCUUCUAAGUCUUUCUCUCACUCUGUUAUAAAUACUUAUUCUUUCUAUGUAGGUGGAAACUGUGGAAGAUUAUGAUGAGUAUUGCCACUAUGUUGCUGGUCUAGUUGGCUUAGGAUUGUCAAAGCUCUUUCAUGCCUCUGGAUUGGAAGACCUUGCAUCCGAUUCCCUGUCCAAUUCGAUGGGUUUAUUUCUUCAGGUGUUGCUAUAAUUCAUGAAGCCAUCUGAUUUCAUGUGAAUAAAUGUUUUUGUAGUUUCUUCUUCUUUGCAUUUGCAUAUUUUUCAUUGUCAAAUUAAUGCACUAUUGCUAUCUGAAGAAAACAAAUAUCAUUCGUGACUAUCUGGAAGACAUAAAUGAGAUACCAAAAUCAAGAAUGUUCUGGCCGCGACAAAUUUGGAGCAAAUAUGCAAACAAACUUGAGGUGCAUUGCUGUUCUCUGUGUCAUUCUAUCUGUGGUUUCAUAAUUUUUCUACUGAAGGUGCUGUAGUUUUCACGUUGGUCCAGUGUGCCUUCAUAUAAAUUACAGUACAGUUCUGGCCUUCAAUACUUGGGCUUACUUCCUUUUCCUAUUUGUUCACUUCAGGACCUCAAAUUUGAGGAGAAUUCCAUAAAUGCGGUGCAAUGCUUGAAUGACAUGGUCACCAAUGCUUUGAUGCAUGGAGAGGAUUGUCUACAGUACAUGUCCAAUUUGCGCAGCCCUGCCAUCUUCCGCUUUUGUGCCAUCCCACAGGUAGAAAAUGAUUCUCAGCCAUUAUGAUGGAUGAUCCUAUUAUGUUUUGUGGUUGAAGUCCACUAGAUCCCCUCCCCAACUCAAUGAAUGUGGAAUCUGAUUGCUAUGCUUGACUUGCCCAUGCCAGUCUGAUCGAGAUCGGGAAUGGAUCCAAUGAAGUGGAUUUGAAAGGGUAAAAAAGAUAUAAGAUCAAUUUCAUCAAGUGGCAUUAUAUCACACGUUUAUUUGAGGAUACAACUAAAAUACUUUUAGAAAAGUAGCUUUAUUAAAUAGUUCUUUUACAUGAUCAAUGAGCUCCUUCUGCCUGUUGCAUGUGUGGGGAUGACAAAUGGAAUGGUAGCACGCUGGCUGCUACAACCGGCAAUGAUCAGUGAGUUUGGCAGGUCGACCACUGCCAAAUACAGUGGUACUGCAAUGGAUGACUGGUAUUGGGUCACCCGUUUUGGUUAGGGAUUGGAAUCACUCAACAAAAUUGAAUUCGUUACUUCCCAAAAACUCUUGAUUGUAACUUAACUUUCUGGAACUUUAAUAUGUAGCUAUUAACAUAUUAGAAAACAAAGGAACUUUGGAUUUGCCUUUUCUCUGAGGUCCCAAUACAGUCUCAAUGUGUACUUGCUACUUUUAUUUCUGUUAUCCGCGGGUUGUGAGAAUGAUAUAUACAUUGCAAUAGGUAAUAUCGUUGCUAUUUCAAUGAAGAAUAGAGAUUGGCUGUAUUAUCGGUUUAAGUUUUCUACUUAGCAACUAAUUUGACAUUCGAAUUAAAAUCAGUGUUCGUUGUGCUCUAAGGUAAAAAAAAUUAGAAAGACAUCUAGAUGGUUUUCACUUGGAAACUAUGAAGAUGCUCCAUUGGUUUUCUAAACUUGGAAAUUUUCUCUCCCUCUCCAAUAAGAGGUGCAUAAUUUGCGUAACUUGUUUUAUCAUUCGUUAGUUUUUCCUGGACGAAGAAUGGAAGUCCAGUCAUCUUAACCUUCAUGUUCAUAUUAUUGGUGGGCAGCAUUUUCGUUCGGAGAUUUACUGUUGGGUUCUGAGGAGGGCUAUGCAUCUGACAGACCGCACCGUAGUUUUAAGCUUUUAGGAUGUUAACCCAUGUCUGCAUUGUCCUUAAAAGAGCCACCGAAUAAGGGUUGACUUCAUGAUGUUUUAUGGCCCACGUUAAAUGUUUGGUAUGCCAAAUCCUGUGAUGGAUCAUCAUGCCAUCUGCAAUCUUAUUUUCGGGGUUUUGUGAUGGGAAAUGCCAGUGGCUUUUUCUUUUUUUAAGCGGUGACUAUGUUCCCCACUUUAUUGUCCAGAAAAGUUGGGAUAUCUAGGGUUGAAUGGACCUGAAAUGAGCCAAUUGUGGAGCAAUUGGCUGAUUUUGUGGUCUAUCUGAUAACUCUUGGACUAUAGAGAUUUCAGUGGAAGUGCCAUUCUUGGUGGAAGAGUAUAGAAGUGCAGCUGUCUGACAGAAGUGGAUAAGUCACUGAAUCUGCUGACGAGUGUGUUCACCUCUGCUGCUGUUUGCUGCUGGCAAUAUCAUCCUUGGUUUGUCCACAGCCUUUGUGCUGAAUAGUAAAAGAAACUCCAAGCUAAUUUACAUUGACAAAAGAAAUGGAAGCUGAUCAUUCCUGUGGACUUUAAAAUGGAAUAUGGUUGGAAAGAAAUAGAGAGAGAUAAGGGAAAUGCUUUGAACUUCAAGAUACUUAAGAUACCAGUAAAAGUUUACUUUUUGGCUUUCCUUUGAUAUUACUUGUUCCCUUGUAAGCGUACCAAUGGAGAGGCUUUUUUUGUUGUCUUUUUCUCCAUUUCCUUUUUCACAAAUAGGUGGAAUUAUGGUAUGUUUUUUUUUAAUUUGUAAUUUCCUCAUUAGCUGGAAUCUGAAUCUGUGUGCCCUGCCCUUAUCAUGUUUUGCUCUGAUGCUACAUGACAUUUGUUCCCUUUGUCAGAUCAUGGCUAUAGGAACUCUAGCUUUAUGCUAUAACAACAUUGAGGUAUUCAGAGGUGUGGUGAAGAUGAGACGUGGUAAGAAAAAUGUCCUUGAAAAGUCUUUCUUUUUCAAAUGCACAAGGAUUCGUCAAUACUCUUCAAGUGUGUUUGGAUCCGUUGACUUGAUAAAUUUUGGUUGGAUGUGUUGGCCUUUUAAUCUUAAUGUAACUUUUGAUUGCUUCUAUUAUCCUCAAAUGGUUAUUUGCUAGUUUGGAACACACAAGUUACUUGCGUCAGUGGAAUCAGUUUUAGAUGUGUUAUGUGAGUGCCUUUUAUGCAACAUCAAAGAUACACAGAUACGAUCCUGACUUCCAAUUCAUAUUAUCACACUAUUAACGAAUUGGAGAUCAACUCAGAAAUUUUAGUCAUCAACGUUCUUCCCUAAGAAGUUGCAAAAUUAAUUCAACCUCAUUUACCAGAGAGCCAAAGUUGAGAACAUAUCUCACCCUGCCAUCACUCUUUCAAACAUUAGUUAAAGUAAUCCAUAGGGAUGGUGCCCUGCCUGUAAGCCAACAUUUGAACGAGAGAAGAAAAUGAUUAUGUAGGAGUGCGAUUCACCUAGAGCCAACAGUCUCUAGGUGGAUUCAUGAAUGGCGUGGGGUAGCUUUAUGCUAGAACGAAGCCAAGACAGUUUAUUCGAAAAGGUGCCCUAGAGACUGUUUUCUAGAUAAAUUGCUUUUGACCCCUUUCAUAUGAUCCUUCAAUAUUAUAUUACAUUCACUCCCUUUAACGUCCUGUUUGGUAAAAGCUGUUCAUAUUCCUUGAAAAAAUUAGAAUUGACCACAAAAUAUUAAAAAGAUGAGGCAUAAGCAGACUGAUACUCAUGACUUCUCAUUUUCUAAAAUAGCUUUUAGCUUUGAUCAUAAAAUAGUGGUACGAUAGAACAACCAUUAUGUGACCUCCCUUUGAAUCGAAAAUGAAUACUCAUUAUCUACUAUAGGUUAAACAUCUGUCGACCAUCCAAGUUAACUCAUUUCGGUUCAGUGAAUUGGCUUUUAAGCUUAAGAGAAUGCCCAGGAACACGCCCUUAAGUCGCAGUGUCUUCCUUUUGAUUAAUGAUGUACGAAAUAUGGCUGUUAAUCCCAACCUCUGAGAGGAGGAUCCACUAGACGGAACUAACAUCUAAAUAAAUGAAUCUAAAAUCGUCGUUUUUUAAUGGCAGUCUUGUCGCUGCCAUUAUGCUGUCAUAUGGUAUUUGAUUAACUUGACGUUUCUGCAUAUUCUUUGUAUACAUCUGUUUGUCCUCUCUGAAGUUUACAAUAAUCAUCUUACGACUUUUUGAUGUCUCUCUGCUACUGUUGUCAUGCUUUUUCUUUAAUGAUUGCUAAAAUUUAAGGGCGUAGAGCACCUUGCUAAAAUUCUUUAAUUUUGUAAUUUUGUAAUUGCUAAAAUUCACAACAUUGCAUACUUCAUUGAAAAUGAUUCCAAGUAGGUCACGAGAUUGUGUAAUGUGGCAAGUCUCCAAUGGUACUGGUAAUCUUCUUAUAUUGACAUGGUAUUCAAGACCACCUAUCAUAUGUUUAGAAUGUGUUAGAUGCUUAUGGAGUCAAGACCCAAAUUUAAGGAACCUCCCCCCUUAACGUGUGAACAUAUUUUACUUUAGUAGUAUAUAUUGCCAUUCAGAACUGUCAGAAAUGUAGUACAUAUAAAAGUGACAGGUGAAUAUUUCCAGUUAGAAAAAUUGAUAUUAUAAUAUUUUUUCCAUGCUUGAAAACAUUAGGGUUUCCUUUUUACAUAUUUUGCCAACUAUGAACAAGGUAUAAGCGUUCCCGUAAUGAGGUCACAUGCCUUAAUAUAUUCAUUCAUGGGCUAUAGUACACUGUGAAUGUCUUACGACUCUGCUACCCUAUCUUGUGACAGGUCUUACAGCCCAGAUAAGUGAACAAACUAGCGACAUGCCUGAUGUUUACUGUGCUUUCUAUGAGUUUUCAAGCAUGUUGAAAGACAAGGUAGGCAAAAUUUAUUUCCAACAUUCAUAGCUUCUUUCCCAUGUGAGGGUUUUUCUUGAUCUUGUUAAUUAAAAGUUCCUAAUGGUGUCAUAAUUCAUACAAAUCGGUAUGAAACUUGAUAAUCAUCAUGUCUGUUUGAUUGUGGGAACCUUAAUGCUCUACCAACUGAUGGGAGUGAUAAGAAUAUAUUAAUAUUAAUUUUGAAAGGCUUGUUCUUCCUCAGAACAUGAAUGAGAUGCAUUGUGCUGUCUACUAAAGCACAUGAUUGGCUGUAUCAGGUUGAGGAGAAUGAUCCAAAUGCUGCACUUGCUUUGAAGUAUGUGGAAACUAUACAGCAGGCUUGUAUUAAAUCUGGCACGCUUAACAAACGGUCUGUAUAGCCCCCUUUUCCUCUCUCAUUGUUUUUUUUUUUUUUUUUUUGGAUCGUCCGGAUGAUACCUGAUUUACUUCUGAAUACUUUGGCGUUGGACAGGAGAUACUAUGUGGGGAAGAGCAGAAGGUUCCUGAUGGUGCUGGUGAGUUCUCAACAUAUCCAAAUAUGGCUGAUUAUGUCAGCUGCUCAACUAAUUGGAUCAUUUCAUUGCAGAUAACCGUUCUCUUUGCCCUGGUUUCGAUUCUAUUUGCUAGAUUCUUGAAGAAAUGAGCAGUUCCAUUUUGGUAAAAUACCAUUUGAUGAAGAUUAUACUUUUGAGUUUACUUAAUCUCAUUGCAAUGAUUAUUAUCCAUGAAUAUACCUAAUGGUUUUGAAACCAUCUGGCAAUUCUCUAAUUGGCGCCACUAUGGUUCACACAGGAUUCUCCAUAAAGUUUUGUGGUUGGCUCUUGCUUCGAGUAGGUUCACACGCCAGAGGAUCAUUCACUUAAUGGUGUCUGAAUGAUUCAAGCAUCUCAAUUUCUUUGUGGAAAAUUGUUUGGGAUUCUUAGUAUUUUUGAAGUGUUACUAAUGUAUUUGAAAUUUUUCAAUGCAUUGAAUAAAGAAAUCAAAGAUUAUUGCUCAUGAUAUCGACUAAUUUAUUCAUGUGGAUCAUCAUAAAAUAUUCCACCUGUACACAACCUUGCACUCUUUUAGUUUUUACUAGGCGAAUAUUUCUUGUUUGUGCAUGAGGUCAUUAUUAGUUAGAUGAUUGCAUAAUUUGCAGGGUGUCAAUGAUGCAAAAAAAACAUGGCUUUUAUUUAAUCAUUAUGUUGUCGUAUUAUGCUUAUUACUAUCUUUUCAGAGUGUUAAUCCUUUAUGCAUAUUGUUUUUUCAUGAUUAUUAGAGUGUGCAAUACUUUAAAGAUAUUAUUUAAGAAAAAAUAGUGUUUGCAAUGGGUCAUAUGAUAUGAUACUAGUAAAAGCAACUAAGGCAAUGGAGCCCUCCUAGAUAUAAUUAUGUAAAGUUUCUCUCAUUUUUGGUAAGAUUUCACAAGACUCUGACAUUAUUUUGAAGUGUUUUUGUGUAUUUUUCUAUGAUUAUGAAGGGAGUGGACUUAUUUGAGUAAUACUUAUUGGGCAAGGUGUUGUAUAAGGGUAAAGUGGUAAUUUAAUAUCGUUGUCAUACUUGUGAGUAAUAAUCCAUUAUUAACAUAUUAUAAAAAUACAAUUUGUGAACAGAAAUAAUCAAACCAGGGCAACAAAAUGCAGGUACUAUGUAGUUGCUUCCAAGCAAAAGUGUUAAAGAUUUGUUGUAAAAUUUUAUUUUCACUUUCUUACAAAAUGUUGGCACCAUGUGUCUGCUUUAAAGCCGAAGUUUCAAGAUUUGACUCAUUGGUAUGAAAAUUAUUAACUUGUGGUUAAUCCUAGCACUAGUAAAUGAAAAGUUGAAAGAGACAACUACUACAACAUCUAUCAUCUAAUUGUAGAACAAUUUGUGAGUAAUUAUUGGAUUGGUCAAAGCUUAUGGGUUUCAUAUCAAUAACUUGGUCUAACAGCUUUAUUUAUUCUAACCUAUGAAAAAUCAGAUGAUGACAAAGUUUUGGGGUAAAUAUUAGACACCAAGACAUAGUAAGAGUUAGAUCAUCUAAUAAUAAUGACGAUUAGCUUCUGGCUGUUUUUCUUAACAUGUUAAUUGGACAACUAGACGAAGGUUACAUAGUUUGUUAAUAGUCUUUAUUUCACAUUACUUUCAAGGCAGACUUUCGAAUAGCUUAUCUAAUGAUGACAAUUAGAUAAAGAGAUUGAUUUCAAGGUUAUUUCUCCUUGCCUUGUGUAGGUGGUUAUAUCCAACAAGGGCCCUCAUUGGCCUCACUAGGCUCGUGGACUUGGUGAAGCUUUGCUUAUGGAAACUAGAUGGUCCUUGUUCUACCUAGGUUUUUCUAUUUGAAGGUCCCAUAGGGUUUUGAUCCCAAACAUAUACAAAAGAAAAAAGGUCCAUGUAAUUUUAAAUUUAUUUGCCAAUGAAGUGAGUGAUUCCCAAACUUAAACUAGGUCUUGGUGAGAAAACCAAAGUCAUUUGUACAAUAGCAUAUCCAAUUGUUCUCUUGAUGCUUUGGUGCAAAUAA